GCUGUGUUAGGUUCAAGUUGAUUGCGUGCGUUCUCUAUGGGUUUUACGGGAACGAUAAACAUUCAACCAUUCAACUCUAAAUCUAUCUGUCGCAAGACUUGAUCUGAUUUUGCGUUAUUCUUUUUUUAUUUCUAACCCUCGAGAAAUCAUUCUAGUGUUUAUGAUAUUUGUUCCACUCGGAAAAGUUACUUGCUGCGAACUGACACGUGCUGCGCGCUCGCGAGGAAAACUUGCUGAAAUACAUUAACUUCCUUUUUUGGAAGUAAACCAACAGGCUGCCCAAUCUCCGCUCCGAAAUGGCGGAACUGGAAUCCAAGUACAAUCUCAUCGAUGAAAAGCCACCCUUCGAUGCCCCACUGAAGGCGCAGUACAAACAAGGCAUGGCGUUCUACACGAUGAGGACUCGUCUACCGAUCAUUCUCACCCAAGUAAUCGAUCAGCUAUCGAAGGACAAAGAGCAAAUUGUGCAACACUUCGGUGAGGAUGCCCGCGAGGAACUCAAGCAAGCAAUCGGCGAAAUUUCCAAACUCAAGUACGAACUGCAAACGGACAAGGAAUUUGCCCCGAUUACAACCACGCUUGGCGAUGGACAGCUGUGGAACGAUUUCAUUGUCUCCCUGAGAGAGGAAAACUCCUACUACUCGGCCUGUUGGCUGUACGCAGAAACAUACAUGUAUCGACGGUUGAACCAUAUAUUUGAAAAUACGCAGACAUUAAAAUCGUUGGACUACUUCCAGCAACAGAAGCAUAAAGCACUCACGGAUUCAAAUGAGGCAAUUUGUGCCGUUCUGCUUGCGAUUGAACAUUUCAACAGCGAGAAAUCUAGCAAAACCGAAGCGGAAAUUGGGGACUUUUUCCGGAAGUUAUUGAAGCUCAACUUGUGGGGCAACAGGUGCGAUCUAUCGAUAACGGCUGGCCAAGCCGUGAAACAGGAUGGCGAUCCACUGGCUCUGCUCGAAAUCUGGGACAACUGCAUCGUUUGUGACCACUCGGCUGCCAUAUGGGAGUGUGUUCAGGGGGUCAGAGGUAAUCCCAGUGCUGCGACCAUCGACAUCAUCAACGACAACUCGGGCUACGAACUGUUCACUGAUCUCUGUUUGGCGGACUUCAUCAUAGAGCAUGGACUGGCGAGUAGGGUCAAUUUCAACGUCAAAGCAAUUCCGUGGUAUAUCUCCGAUGUGACCCCGAAAGACAUGAAAUGGACGCUGGACACUUUGGAGGCAUCCGAGAGUUCCGUUGUUGUAGCAUUUGGGAAAAGGUUAAAAGCUCGCUUCGAUAGUGGAACAUUCAAUCUCAAGGAAGCGAAUCAUUUCUGGACGUCACCCUACGAGUUCCAUCGAAUGAAAGAAGUGAAUCCCGAGCUGUACGAGGAACUGUCGCGGUCGCAUUUAUUGAUAUUCAAAGGCGAUUUGAACUACCGCAAACUUUUAGGAGAUUUCAACUUCCCGUACACAACACCAUUCGCGGAAACACUGCAAGGAUUCCUUCCCACCAAUCUGUGCACCCUGCGAACCGUCAAAGCGGAUCUAAUCAGUGGGAUUGCGGAAGGGCUUUCGGAACAGUUGUUCGCCAAGAAUGCCGAGUGGAUGCUCACUGGCGAAUACGGAGUGAUACAAUUCGCCCACAAAUAAAAUAAUAAUAAAUCAUGCUCUGGUUUAUUUAGCUAAUAUAA